UUUGCAAGCAUUAACAGCUCCAGUUUCCGUAAAAAAAAACUAAAAAUUCAACCAAAAUGUCUGCCGUCUACAACAAUUCCAGCAGCUUCAACUCAACCUCUUUCUACAUCAACAACAACACCAGCAAAAGCAUGGACAAAUCAUCACUGACUCCGGCCUCCAGCAUGAAGAAGCUAUUGAAAACUGUACGCAAAAUUAUUUUCAAUAGCAAAAAAUCAGCCGGAUCAUCACUGCCACCGAAUAGCGGCCUGAAAGUGACCAGCACCCCAAUCAAGAAGCCGACUGUUCCCACUGUCAUCCUGGGUUGUAUGACCGAAGAGGAGCAUCACAAUUGGCUCAAUGAACAAUUGGAGGUGUCGUUUCUAAGUCAGCAAGACGAGUAGGGACCUCAUGAAUUUAGCCAACCUCGUUGGGUGAGGUAUUGUCAGCGUUUUACCAUCUCAUUGCAAACACAGAAAAUGAGAUCAGCGUUUUAAAUGCUAAGCAAACAAAAAUUUGGCGGGAUUUCUUCAUUCAUCAGCCAGUGGCCGCAGGGUUUGACCUAAGGCAGCAGCAUCUUCACCAGCUUUGCACAUAAGGCAAAGCAGGAGGGUCUUACUUUGAAGGCAGAUACAAAUAAAAAACACCAAGGGAAUCAAGGCACUGAAAAAUGUGUCGAAUUUAGGAUUUUGAAAAAUAUUAGAAUUUUAAAAUAUUCAAAAACAAAAUAUAAAAUUAAAUAAAAAAAUAUAUAUUACAAAUUAAACAAAA